UUUAAAAAAAUUGACGGACGUAAAACUCCCCCAAUAGUGUUCCGAAUAGCGGGACCGGAGUAGGCGGGCCGACGCAGCUUGAGGGAGUGGGUGCGCGUGGAGCGGAUGGCUGAGGGAGCGGGGCGGAGAGCGACGUCGGAGGCCCAGGUUUCUAUCCCCGCGGAGCUUUCUUCGGAGCAGGAGUGGGCAGCCGUGGCCCUCCAGACGCCGCUGGGUCGCAGCCCCUGCCUUUGGCCCUCGGUUUGUGGCCCUUCUUGGCUGUCCUCCGGCAGCAUCUGCUUUAAAGGGUGUUUAAGUACUAUUUGCUGAAUUUACCAAAAUGACCAAAUUAGGCUUCCUCCGCCUGUCCUAUGAAAAGCAGGACACUCUCCUUAAGCUCCUCAUUCUUUCAAUGGCAGCUGUGCUAUCUUUCUCUACAAGACUCUUUUCUGUGCUGAGGUUUGAGAGUGUUAUUCAUGAAUUUGAUCCGUAUUUUAACUACCGCACAACUCGCUUCCUGGCAGAAGAGGGCUUCUACAAGUUUCACAACUGGUUUGAUGAUAGAGCAUGGUAUCCGUUGGGGAGGAUCAUUGGUGGAACUAUUUAUCCAGGUUUAAUGAUCACAUCAGCAGCGAUCUAUCAUGUUCUACACUUCUUCCACAUUACAAUUGACAUCAGAAAUGUGUGUGUAUUCCUGGCUCCCCUUUUCUCCUCCUUCACUACUAUAGUAACAUACCAUCUCACCAAAGAGCUCAAGGAUGCAGGGGCAGGUCUCCUGGCAGCUGCAAUGAUUGCUGUGGUGCCAGGGUACAUCUCUCGUUCUGUUGCUGGCUCCUAUGACAAUGAAGGUAUUGCCAUAUUCUGUAUGCUUCUGACUUACUACAUGUGGAUCAAAGCAGUGAAAACAGGCUCCAUCUAUUGGGCAGCCAUGUGUGCACUUGCCUAUUUCUACAUGGUUUCUUCAUGGGGAGGUUAUGUGUUUUUGAUUAACCUCAUUCCCCUUCAUGUCUUGGUGCUGAUGCUCACUGGACGAUUCUCCCACCGGAUAUAUGUGGCUUAUUGCACUGUCUAUUGUUUAGGAACCAUCUUAUCAAUGCAGAUCUCUUUUGUUGGCUUCCAGCCUGUCUUGUCAUCUGAACACAUGGCUGCCUUGGGUGUAUUUGGCCUAUGUCAAAUUCAUGCCUUUGUAGAUUAUCUGCGCAGCAAACUGAACCCUCAGCAGUUUGAGAUUCUCUUCAGGAGUGUGAUUUCUCUAGUUGGAUUUGUCCUUUUAUCAAUAGGAGCUGUCCUUAUGCUGACAGGAAAAAUUUCCCCAUGGACUGGCCGCUUCUACUCACUCCUUGAUCCUUCCUAUGCAAAGAAUAAUAUACCCAUCAUUGCUUCAGUCUCUGAGCACCAGCCUACUACAUGGUCAUCUUAUUAUUUUGAUCUUCAGCUUCUUGUUUUCAUGUUCCCAGUUGGUCUGUAUUACUGUUUCAGUAACCUGUCUGAUGCCCGCAUUUUUAUUAUCAUGUAUGGUGUGACCAGCAUGUACUUCUCUGCUGUGAUGGUUCGUCUCAUGCUGGUACUGGCCCCUGUUAUGUGUAUUCUGUCUGGUAUUGGAGUGUCUCAAGUGUUAUCAACUUAUAUGAAAAAUUUAGAUAUCAGCCGACCAGACAAGAAGUCAAAAAAGCAACAGGACUCUACUUACCCCAUCAAAAAUGAAGUUGCCAGUGGCAUGAUCCUAGUCAUGGCUUUUUUCUUGAUCACCUACACUUUCCAUUCAACUUGGGUAACCAGUGAAGCCUAUUCUUCCCCCUCCAUAGUGCUGUCUGCUCGUGGUGGAGAUGGCAGUAGAAUCAUAUUUGAUGACUUCAGAGAGGCUUACUACUGGCUUCGUCACAAUACACCAGAGGAUGCAAAAGUUAUGUCCUGGUGGGAUUAUGGGUAUCAGAUAACAGCCAUGGCAAAUCGAACAAUUCUAGUGGAUAACAACACAUGGAAUAAUACCCACAUUUCCAGAGUUGGUCAGGCCAUGGCAUCUACAGAAGAACGGGCUUAUGAGAUUAUGAGGGAGCUGGAUGUCAGUUAUGUAUUGGUAAUUUUUGGAGGCCUCACUGGAUACUCCUCAGAUGAUAUUAACAAAUUUUUAUGGAUGGUACGAAUUGGAGGGAGUACAGAUACUGGCAAGCACAUAAAGGAGCAUGAUUACUACACACCGACAGGAGAGUUCCGUGUGGACAGGGAGGGCUCUCCUGUGCUACUUAACUGCCUUAUGUACAAGAUGUGCUACUACCGCUUUGGACAAGUCUACACAGAAGCCAAGCGUCCUCCAGGUUAUGACAGAGUACGGAAUGCUGAGAUUGGUAACAAAGACUUUGAGCUGGAUGUAUUGGAGGAAGCAUACACCACAGAACAUUGGCUAGUCCGAAUAUACAAAGUAAAGGAUUUGGAUAAUCGUGGAUUGUCAAGAACGUAACUUGCCUUCAGGUGUACCAUAAUAAGCACUGAUCGAGCCUUUGCCUGUGAAGCAGAUGAUUUUUUUUUUAUACUGUUUGUCAGUAAGGAAUUGGGAUACGUCCAGGAAUUCCCGUCCUCAUGCAUUGGAUAUGUAUUAGAUGGAAUGAUUUUUAUAAAUGCAACCCAGCUACCAAAUUCAAAAUAGUAGCUUUAUGGUAGAUAAUUAAAAAAGGGGAUGGAAAAA